AUGAUCAAGGCCACCAGCAAUCUUCAGACUGUCAUAGGCUUGAACGUUGCUGAGUCUGAGUAUUACGCAUUGGUUCAUGGAGCAAGUCAUGGACUAGGACUUCAAGCUUUCCUCAAAGAUCUUGGUUUGGUGGUUGGCCUAGUGGUGGAGAGUGACAGCUCUUCGGCAAAAGCAUUUGCAUCGCGAGUGGGGCUGGGCAAACAGCGUCAUGUUCAGACCCGCUUUCUAUGGCUUCAACAAGCAGUUCAGAGUGAGCGAGUGGUGAUCAAGAAGAUUGGAACUGCCAACAACCCUUCCGACAUCCUGACGAAAUCUAGUACGGCUGCGGUGAUUGAAAAGCACACCAAAGCCAUGGGACUUUUACUUUUGCAGGAGCGCAGAGCGAAGAUGCGGCCGCGCAUUGGCCAGAUGAAAGAAACCCUGCAGGACUGGAGUUACAAGUAA